AUGAUGGAAAGUUUCAACGUUGACAAGUUCUACGACAUCGAGUCGAACGUCCUCAAUGACUUCUGGGAUGUUGAAGUUGAUCCGGACCAAAUCGGGACUCAUCAGACAGAUAACAGGUGGAAUUCUAGAUGGACGAACGGGCUCGGCGAUCACAACAGCGAGCGCCGGCACGAAGGGGUCAAGCGCCAGCUCUCCGUCUCGUCAGAUUCGAAACUGCUCGACGAGGACAUCUGCGAGGAGACCCGGGUCAUUCUCCGGCCCAAGAAACCUCCUAGACCUAAAUCCGAAGUGUUCCUUACCUCCAAAGACCAGCAGGCCCAUCAACGGCGGACCAAACGAUUCUCCGCUUUUGGGGGCGAUUCUCCUUUCGGGAAAUCGGAGGCUUACCUAAAACUAGAACAACUAGGCGAAGGCUCUUACGCUACCGUCUUCAAAGGCUACAGCAAUUUAACCAACCAAGUUGUGGCGUUGAAGGAAAUUAGACUGCAAGAAGAAGAAGGUGCUCCGUUCACAGCGAUUCGAGAAGCAUCGCUGCUCAAAGAACUCAAACAUGCCAAUAUUGUCACGUUACAUGAUAUUGUUCACACCAGAGAAACCCUUACCUUUGUUUUCGAAUAUGUUCACACCGAUUUAUCCCAGUACAUGGAGCGACACAGUGGCGGGUUAGACCAUCAUAAUGUUAGACUCUUCCUAUUUCAAUUACUUAGAGGGUUGGCAUUUUGUCAUCGAAGAUUGGUGCUUCACAGGGACGUCAAACCCCAGAACUUACUCAUUAGUGAAAUCGGUGAACUAAAAUUAGCUGAUUUUGGGCUAGCAAGAGCGAAGUCAGUACCAAGUCAUACUUAUAGUAAUGAAGUAGUCACAUUAUGGUAUCGGCCACCAGAUGUUCUGUUGGGUUCAACAGACUACUCAACUAGUCUAGAUAUGUGGGGAGUUGGCUGUAUAUUUGUCGAAAUGGUUACUGGUGUACCAACAUUUCCAGGAGUCCGAGAUGUUCGAGAUCAACUUGAUAAAAUAUUUAGGACUUUAGGCACUCCAACGGAGGAAACGUGGGAAGGUGUGACAAGAUUACCAGGCUACAAUGAUGAUAUUUACUACUAUCCACCAAAAAAAUUGGGUCUCACUUUUACUCGAUUGUAUGAUAUUGUCGAUGGAGAAAAUAUAGCCUCUUCAUUAUUGCAGUUACGUCCAGAUAAAAGAUUAGGAGCCGAAGAAGCACUAAGGCAUCGUUAUUUUGCGUCAUUGCCGAGAAAGUUGUAUGAGCUUCCAGAUGAGGUUUCCAUAUUCAGUGUAGAAGGUGUAUCAAUUCAUCCAGAAAUGGGUAAUGGGAAGCCAUUCAGCCGGAAUGGACUCAAACUGCAUCAUCCAGGAGUAAAUUGAUCCGGCCGGAUCUACAAUUCGAGUUCCAUGGAACUCGCGUCAAGGUUGUGAUACUGACUGCUAAAAAAUAAUUAGAAGCUAGCUCAAAUUUUUAUUAUCGUGUUUUUGUUAUCGGUUAUUAAUGAAUUCAUCAAUAAUAAUUAUUAAAUCUUGAUCUAUCAUUAAUUUAUUACUAUUUCUAGUUACUGUAAAUUUGUUUUGUUCUUUGGUCCCUCGCUGUUUUCAUGAAUCAGUUGUUGGCAUUUAUCGAACAAACGAAUUGACUCACCUGCAGUAGAAGAUCCUUAGGAAACAGACUUGCAGGCGAUUCUCAUCUUUUUUUCUCAAGCUUGUUCUUUGAUGUUUAUUGCAAAGAGGUUUAUUUUUUCCCUCUUUCGGGUGAUAAACUAAGUCAUUUAAUUUAAAUUUAUAUUCUAACGUCAAAUCAAUAGCUGGUUAAAUUGACUUAAAAAGGAAAGAGAUGAACAAAAUAGUACGAUUUGUCAACAUUUGUAAACAUUGAUUGCUUGAGGCCCAUUGGAACAAAGAUAUGUGUCCAGUAAGUGAUAAUAAUGGGUUCAAAAUCAUGUAAUGGUCUCCAUUAUAAUCUGCACCUGUAUCCCAGUUAGUUGUUGUUUUGAUCAAUUUAAACUUAGUUCAUCCUAUUCUGAAAUCCACUCAUUCCACCCAGACUUCAUUUCAAUUCAGCAACUUAUUUUUAGUAAUUUUAAGUCCAAAAUAAACCUCACAAUUCUGUAUUAUAUUCUUGGUAAUCAUCAUAUUUUUUCUGUUUUCGAGCUCUAGGGCAUCUUUUAAAUCAAGUGUCUAAUUUUAAUAAUUAUGAAAAUGUGCUUCUCCGUUUUAUCUUUGGGCUCUCUUUGAUAGAAGGGGGCUCCUCUGGAAUCUGCCUUUUUAUUUUUGCAAGCUGAUAAAUUGUGUUGAUUAAAAAAAGCAGGAAUUAUUAAGCUCCAAUAAUUGCAUUGUCUUUUCAUUAAAUGGAAUUUUUGCUGGACGUUGUAUCAACUCAGGUCCACUCUAUACAAGUUCAUUUAUUCCAUAUGGAGGGCUUUUUGGAGACCUUAUACCUCCUUUCUUCCCAGAAUUUCGAUAAAAUACACUGAGUCUGAGACAAAAAACUAAACAGAAAUGAGUUCACGUUUUUACAAGUUUUCCUUGUUACAAGUUUAUUCCAACAAAAUGCCCAUAUUUUUUAGAAGGUCUUAAUGAUUCACUGUGAAUGAAAGGCAGAUAUUCAUCUGGGUCAGCAAGCUCAUUAUUGAAAUUUUGUUUUUGUCUGGCAGACAUAGGUUAAACGGCGGAGCGUGAUUGAUCGGCUAUGUCUUAUCGCUGCUUUGUCAUGCCUUUGUCAGGUGGAAUAGACAACAUGCUGUCGGGAACUCAAGAGGUGCAUUUAGCUUGUUGUUAAUUCCAACUGACAAAGGCACAACAAAGCAGCAUAAGAUAAAGCCGACUAACCACGAUACGCCGUCAAACCUAUGUCUGCCCGACAAACACAAAAUUUCAAUAAUUGGCCCGCAGACUGUAUCCUUCUUGUAGGUAAUGACUACUUAUUGACGUUGAAACUGCAAGAAUGUGUCUCAGUUGUGGUGUCUGAAAAUUUCCACUCUUAAUUUAUAUUUGAAAAGGAGAACAAAUCAACAUCAUGGUUUGAAAUUUUUACAGAAUAUUCUUUACGUAGAGAAAAAAAUUGCCGGAAUUUCCAAAAUAGGGCUUUCAGUAGUUUUCAAAAUGAAGUAUGACCGGAACGCCGCCAACAGAAGUACACAUUUCUGUAGUUUUCACCAUUGAAAGUCUUCCUUUGCUCUUAUUCCUUGCCCCACCUUUCCCCUUCAAACAUAACAAAAAAGAACAUCCGAGAAUUCAUUCAUUUUCUUCUAAUUAAGUAAUUUUGAAGCAGAAUAACCAUGAUAUUAAUCCUAAGAAACGAAGAAGGAUUGUAAAUAUGUGUUUAAAGUAUGAUGCAGAUAUUUCUUAUGAAUUUCACUUUUCAGUUCACUCCUUCACCACUUCGAAAAAAUAUAAUUUUAUCAUGAAUCACCCAGAUCGUUUUUUAGAGUAAUCAGAUCUCACCCAUCAUUUAUUCUUCAGCAGGAGCUUCCAAAUGUAUCUCCGCUGGAAUGGAGAACAAAAUAGCUUAGCUUACCUGAUGUUAUUUUUUCUUAAGUAGAAGAUAAUACUUUUAGAAUUUCUGUGAGGUAGACACUGGUGUCUGGCAGACAUUUUCUGAUACUGCGUAGAAAUAUCUCCUUGAAAUUGUUUCAUCUUUCGUAUUGUACUUUUGGUACUCUCUUCAUGUAUUUUUUUUUAUAAACGUGAUCGAUGAAGUAUCUAACUGUUUUUAGUACUGCAUUGUAUAAUUUAUCUAUUGGAAGAUUUUUCUGACGGAUGAUCUAAAAUUUGGUUGAGAUUUUCUCCAAUUAAGCGCAAAACAAUCAGGAAUUUAGAAGUAAGCAAUGAAGGCUAAUUUGGAAUUUGAAAUUUUAAACACACAUUUUAUUCCUUUCAUCUAAUUACCAUUGGUCUGUUAAGGGCAUUUCUGCAUCUCUAACAAUAAUAUUCCUAAAUAAAAUGGGAAUCUCUGGACUUAAAAACUCAGACUCUACGCACUGAUUUGCCUGCUCAUUAACUUAUUCACAGCUGAAGCGGAAGGGCAGUAGACCCUCUAAAAUGAUGCUCAGAUAGCAAAAUAAGUGAGGAAAGUUUGAGGUCUUUUUAGUGAGCCCCAUUUUAUUUACUGUGGUACUUUCCUUGUUUUUAGCCUUGUUUAACGAUUAUUAUGAUAUUAUCUCUUCUUUAAUAAUUUUAUGUAUCUUCUGGUUUUAAAUAUUUUAGUGAAAGAGGAAAUAUCCCCAUGUUAGCUUAUAUUGAACUGAGUCAGGCUAAAUUUCAUUAUUGACUUUAAGCUGUCCUAAGAUCUUAAUAUUUUAAAUUGUUUGCGUGCUAAUAUUCUAUUCCCUCUAUUGUUUAAAUCUGUUCAAAAACUAAGCCUGUCAUUCAAAUUGAAAUGAUCUGUAUUGCCGCACUGGUCAUUACUUAUCAAAUUUUUCCAACACUAUUUUUUUUUAAAAAGAGGUCAUUUCUAUAAAAUUCGCAUCUGUCCUCUCCAUAUUAGUAAUUUUUUGUUUCAAAGAAAUAGAUGGGUUCAAUUGUUUCUUCUCUGUACAUACUCAGUUUUUUUUCAGUCUGGGUCCGUAAGACCUUGUCCUUGCAAGUAAUAGUUCAGGGAACUUUGCUGGGACAAGUACGCAGAACGUGCUGUGCGUCGUUUUUUGUCUCUUUUUUGAGCGCAGAUGGAAUAAGUUAUAACUUAGCUAUGACUUAUCCUGUCUUAAAUCUGGAAGCCUCCUCGCAGAUAGACAAGGCCUAAGACUAUGAUAGGUACCUAGUUAAUUAAUGUGAUAGAGAUUUGUAUCUACAUAUAAAAAAACAAAACGGAAAAAAUGAAUCCCUACUUUGUUGUCAAUUCUCAUUUGGAAAAAUUACUCCCCUCUCCCUCUUACUCUCUCCUCUUGGAUUUCUUUACCCUCGUAAUAUAUUUUAUUAACUGUCAUUUGCUCUCUGAACAUCCUCUAUAAGACUCUGUUCUCAAGCUGCAUGUAUAAUUUUGUUAGAAUUCUGAACUAGGAAAUUUCUCCUCAAAUUUUUCUGUUCUGCUAAGGUUUUAAUUUUAUGAAUUGAGUUAUGCAUUGAGCUUCUAAAUUUUAAUCCUUUAGGCUUAUGAAUAGAUCUGUAAGAGGGCCUUCAACCCCUCUCUUGAGUUUCUACAACCCUCUCUCAUAAUGUUUAGGUAAUUCAAACGAUUUGCUCUCUUCAAGAAUCAGGAGAAUCUAGAUAUUUUAUUUACUUACUUAAAGUACAUUUAAGUUAGAGCCAUAAAUAUCUACUUAAAAAUUCAUUCAAUGUGUUUUAGACUGUCUCAAAACAAGAAUUUUCUCUAAAAACAUAAAAAAACAGAUUUUAUCACUUUUUUAAAGUCUUUCUUCAAGCAUUAUCAAACUUAAAAAAAAAUUCCAGAAAAUCUGUAUCAUUUUGUCAUUUUGUAUCAUUCUUGUCAAUUUGGAACAAAGCCCUUGUCUCAAAAAAGGUAUGAAAAAGACAGAUCAGUUUGCUCGAAAUGGCACCAGAGUAGACAUGGUGAAAAUGCCUUUUUUAGGGACAUCAUUAUGUGCAAAUGUACCAGUUCAGCAGUUCAGCAAGGUUGCGGACUCAUCGAUUAAUUUAAGCUGAGUGAUUUUCAAAACGUCCAUUUGUAACUUUUCUCUCGAGAGUGGCUUGUUUGAUGUAGCUCUCGUAGGUCAUAAUUUUAAAUUUUGAAUUUUCAACUUUAAUUUAAAAAAUUACUCAUGAUUACUGUCUAGCAUUCUGUUUUUUAGCUACAAACUUAAAUUCGAGUGUACGUAUUUAGCAAAUGGGCCACAAGUAAAGGUCUAAAAGAGGUAAAAACAUUACAUGCUAAGUAUCUCUUCAAGAUCUUACAUAGAAAACGAUUUACACAACAGAAAUUUCAGAACUCAAUUCCUGAAGGAGACAUUAACUAAUAUCUUUAACACAGGUCGAAUGAUAGUUAGGUACAAAGAACUUCAUUUGUAUCUUUGCAGUUUAAUCAAUGUUAUUGUAAACACGUAUACCUUGUUUGGGAGUUGAUUUUCAGACUUUCUAUUGUGCAAUUCGAUUUUUUCAGGAGAUUUUGAAGAGAAAUCAUGUUGCGUGAUGAAGUAAUUCAUACUUUGUCUAAUGGUUCAUUGAGUUCCUGAAGUGGAAAGCUAAAAGCUGUGCCUCCAUAGCGCCUUCCUAAUCCUAAACCUAAAAUCUAGAGUGAAUCGUAAUAGCUUCAAAGGAAUUUCUGAAAAAUUGAUUGAUAAUCUACGCGUUGAAUGGUUAAGUUGAGUCUCCUCCUCCUCACCUCGGUUACUUUCCAUUUUGAAACUUGCAAAUUUAUCAGCAUCAGAUAUUAAAAUUAAGAUUUGCUGACUGUUUUUUCUUGUAUCUGCUUUAAUUUUAAGAGGUAAUGCGUGUAGAAGAUACUUGAAACAAGCUCAGAUGCUUUUCAGGGUGGUCCAUUUUUGGCUCAUUAAAAUUUUUGCUUCCAUCACCCACAUUACUUUUUGGGAACUAAGAAUGCAAUCAUUGUCUAGAAUACACACUCUAGAGUGUAUAAAAUCAAUGUUACACAGAUUAAAUUUCUGGAAAGGAAUUCAGAAUUAAAUUGCUUUUCAACACUCUUCCUCUGAGUUGUGUCCAGUAAACACACAAAAAUAAUAACAAAAUCGUGUAAAUUGUGUACUUGCUCCUCCAUUAAUAAAAUAGUGAGGAGUCAGCAGCAAAAUUGGAUAAAGCAGUAAAUAAGCGUCUUGUUAACUUAACAGUAGGUUUUUAAAUUCUUUGAAUCAACACCAUUUUGUCAUCCAUGAUAAUAAGUCACAUGCUUUUAAAAUUUCAUGCACCGUCCUACUAACGUAUUUAUAAUUUCAGUCCUUAGAGUCUUUUUUUAAAACUUGAAAAUCACGAAUUUUCAUUGAUUUUUAUACCUCCUGCCAAACUGUAAAAUUUUAUGUAUAGUCAAUUCUUAAUUCAUUUUUACCUACUUGUUCUAUUUUAUUUUUUAAUUAAAUAAUAUGUCUCUGUAUUGUUUA